UAAAUAAUUUCAAAAUAGUCCCUCAAGCCGUCGCCUUCCUCACGCUCUCUCCCACUCCGCCACUGCUCCAGCUCCCCCUCCCCGCAAGGCGGCGGAGAUCCCAAGGUCGUCGGGGGAUGGCGGCGGUGGCGGCUACAUCUCCGGCGCUAACCCUCGCUGUCGCGGCCGCGGUGAUAGCGGCCGCGUGCCUCCUCCUCUGCGCGGAGGCGGUGUGGCUGGACUUGCCGCAGUCGGGGACCAAGUGCGUGUCCGAGGAGAUCCAGUCCAACGUGGUGGUGCUCGCCGACUACGCCCUCAUGUACGAGUCCCACCCCUCCUCCCACCCCACCAUCGCCGUCAAGGUUACAUCACCAUAUGGGAACACCUUACAUCACAAUGAAAAUGCUACGGUUGGUCAGUUCGCAUUCACAACUUCAGAAGCAGGAAACUAUCUUGCAUGCUUCUGGAUAGAUAGCGCAGAGAAAGGGUCAGGAAUAUCUAUUAAUCUUGAUUGGAAGAUUGGAAUUGCAGCAAAGGAUUGGGAUGUUAUCGCUAAGAAGGAAAAAAUUGAGGGUGUAGAACUAGAGCUUAGAAAACUUGAAGUGGCAGUACAAUCCAUCCAUCAGAACAUGAUAUAUCUCAAAGCAAGGGAAGCAGAGAUGCGAACAGUGAGCGAGAAAACAAACGCUAGGGUAGCCUGGUUCAGUAUUUUGUCACUAAGCGUCUGCAUUGUGGUUUCAAUUUUGCAAUUGUGGCACCUUCAAGGGUACUUCCAGAAGAAGAAGCUCAUCUAGGUUAGCUCGCUUGAGCUGUACCGUGACUCCAAAAUUGCAAAUGUUGUUACAUUGGGGAAAACAGUUUUGUCAUGUUAGUUCGAACUUCACGCUAGCGAGGAGCUGCUUGUACUUUAUGUAAUUUAACCAUGGUUCAGUUUAGAUGUGUUGUGCAUUAUGAUUGCAAAUAGGUGAUAACUUAAAUCUCCCUGGAAUAUUUGAUGCCUUCAGGACAUAGAUUACAAGAAAUUCAUCGUCUUAUAAUGGGAUGCAAAAA